GGUGGGCGGGGCGGCGGCGGCGCGCGGACGCCGAGCUCGGCGAGGCUGCGGCUCGGUCAGCUGCGCGAGGGCGGCAGCCGCGGUGUCCCCGGACCUCGGUCGCUGGCGACUACUCUGAGGCGUGAGAGCUGCGUGUCCCGCACCGCCGGCUGGUGUGGCGCGGCCGCCCGGAACGAGGCGGACUUUCCCCCGGGGUUGCGCGACAGAGCUGCCGCUGUGCGGGCAAUCAUGGGCUGCACGCUGAGCGCCGAGGACAAGGCGGCGGUGGAGCGGAGCAAGAUGAUCGACCGCAACCUGCGUGAGGAUGGCGAGAAGGCGGCGCGCGAGGUCAAGCUGCUGCUGCUCGGUGCUGGUGAAUCCGGGAAAAGCACAAUUGUGAAGCAGAUGAAAAUCAUCCAUGAAGCCGGCUACUCGGAAGAGGAGUGUAAACAGUACAAAGCCGUGGUCUACAGCAACACCAUCCAGUCCAUUAUCGCUAUCAUCAGGGCCAUGGGGAGGCUGAAGGUAGACUUCGGCGACUCAGCUCGGGCGGAUGAUGCCCGCCAACUCUUUGUGCUUGCUGGAGCUGCUGAGGAAGGCUUUAUGACUGCAGAACUCGCCGGAGUGAUAAAGAGAUUGUGGAAGGAUAGCGGUGUGCAAGCCUGUUUCAACAGAUCCCGCGAGUACCAGCUUAAUGACUCGGCAGCGUACUAUUUGAAUGACUUGGACAGAAUAGCACAACCCAAUUAUAUCCCAACUCAGCAAGACGUUCUCAGAACUAGAGUGAAAACUACAGGAAUUGUUGAAACCCAUUUUACUUUCAAAGAUCUUCAUUUUAAAAUGUUUGAUGUGGGAGGACAGAGGUCCGAACGGAAGAAGUGGAUCCACUGCUUCGAGGGAGUGACUGCCAUCAUCUUCUGUGUGGCACUGAGUGACUAUGACCUGGUCCUGGCUGAAGACGAAGAGAUGAAUCGAAUGCAUGAAAGCAUGAAAUUGUUCGACAGCAUAUGUAACAACAAAUGGUUUACAGACACGUCCAUCAUACUUUUUCUAAACAAGAAGGACCUCUUUGAAGAAAAAAUUAAAAAGAGCCCUCUCACUAUUUGCUAUCCAGAAUAUGCAGGAUCAAACACGUACGAAGAGGCAGCCGCAUAUAUUCAGUGUCAGUUUGAAGACCUCAAUAAAAGAAAGGACACAAAGGAAAUAUACACCCACUUCACAUGUGCCACAGAUACUAAGAAUGUGCAGUUUGUUUUUGAUGCUGUAACAGAUGUCAUCAUAAAAAAUAAUCUAAAAGAUUGUGGUCUCUUCUAAGUUUUGCAGUGAAUGGUAAAUUGCAUUUUCAAACCAAAUGAGUGCUUAUACGGAUCUCUAGACUAGAGUCUUACAGCAGCAGAGAAUGUAGGGUAUGGCAGAUGCAUCCGGUACCUCACCAAAGUUACUCUGUUUUUUUUGUUUUGUUUUGUUUUUGUUUUGUUUCGUUUUGUUUUUAACUGAAAGUAACAGAAGGACCUUUCUUAAGUGUGUAAGAUGGUCCUGCAGUGGGAAGCUGAAGGGCAGUGUUAAAGCUGGGCUCUAGAAUAUCGGUGACUUCUAUGUCUAAGUGUAAAUAUGCAAAUGUAUGUACACAUGUAUUUAUAACUUUAAUUUUCCACAUAACUAUUAGGUUUUAAGAGUGGUAACUUGCAAUUCUAGUGUGAUGGCUUUGAAAAUACCAUAAAUAUCAAGUACCUUGUACUGAAUGACAGACUAUUACUGUGUUUGCCAGUUUUGAAGAGCUUUAUUUAUGUUCAUGUCUUACAGAUUUUUAAGUGCAGCAAUUAAUAUUAGGAAACAUUGCAGCCCUUACCCUGAUUAUAUGUAUACUUGUAUUCAUAAAAAUGUUAUUUGUACAAACAUUGCACAGACUAUUUUAAUAACAUAAUUUGUUCUUUAAAUUUACUGUGUUUUAUUGAAAUGUUCUUAAAGAGGAUGAAUAUACCUGCUUUUGGAUCACUUAUUUAAA